AUGACACUACUUACUGGUGAUAUGUCAGUGGAGAACAUUACCACAAUAAAGAGUGUUUUGGGAUGGUUUGAGCUAACUUCAGGCUUGAAAGUCAAUUUCCACAAAAGCAAGUUGGUUGGCAUUGCAAUGAAUGACACCGUGUAUUUAAUUGGACACCACAUAAACCCUAAACUAAACCCUGACUUCUCUCUUCUUCCCUCCGAUCAGCCAUGGCCGCCGCCACCGCCUUGCUCCGAUCCCUCCGCCGUCGCGACCUUGCCCCUUCUACUGUCUCUGCCUUCCGAUCGGAGUUUGCGUUCUGAUGCAGCGUUGGAAGCCAUAGCCAAAGCUUCAGAAGACAAAGUUCCCAGUAUAGUUCUCUACAAUUACCCUUCAUUUUCUGGAGCAUUUUCCGCUCUCUUUGCUCACCUCUUCCACACUCGUCACAAUCUCCCUUGCCUCAUAUUGCCCUUCUCUUCGGUCCCCUUUCUCGCUUUAAGGGUUGAAGAUUUGUGCAUUGAAGGCCUUGAGACAUGCUAUCUACUUGACUUUCUUCCUCCAAAGGAAUUCCUUUUUAAACUUUCCCAUCAAUCAAAAUGCAAGGUUAUUGGGUUCGAUCAUCGGAAAGCAGUACUUAGACAUAUUCCCUCUGCCGGUGAGUGCCAUGAGAAUGUUGUGAUUAAUGUAAACCUUGAGAAGAGUAGCUCUAGUGCUGUUUAUGAAUACUUUGCAAGCAAACUCGAGGAUACUAAAGUUUCUUCUGGUGUGGUUCCAAGUUUGGUGGACUCAAAAGACAAAGGCCGUGUGGAGCUGAUGCUAAAGUAUAUUGAGGAUGGGGAUCUUCAGCGAUGGAGCUUGCCUGGUAUUAAGGCCUUUAACACCGGACUGCAUGAAUGGCGGGAAAGGUUUAAUUGUUUAUCUAAUCCAUAUAUGUAUAAGCAGUUGCUGGAACUGAGCGCUGAAGAGUUAAUUGCUAAAGGAAAUUCAUAUUUUUCAGCUCGCCAGAAUGCUGCAAGUAAAUUGCUGCAAAAAGUUUUCAGGAUUCGGCUUGGUAGAGGAUUUUAUGGAGAGUGCCUGGGAGUCCGAGCAGAUGGGAACCCUAACUUGAGUGAUGAAAUUGGCAAGCUUCUUAGUGCAAAAAGUGCUGCUGCUGGUCUGAGGCCCAUAGGUGCUGUGAUAUUCAUGCAACGGAAUAAUCUCAAAAUGUGCUUGCGCAGCACUGAUAGUGCCACUGAUACCUCUGAAGUUGCAAAGGCAUAUGGCGGAGGAGGUUCUCCAAGUUCAAGCUCCUUCAUAAUAAGAAUGGACGAGUAUAAUCAAUGGAUUUCAAUGAAGUCAUCAUGACGAUUUCUUGGUUUGAAUAACUAAUCCUGGCCUUUUCUUUAAUAUUUAUGGUAGUGUAUCUUAUUCUAUUACUAGACAAGCUUUCGCAUCCUCAAAUUUCAUGUUGAGAUUUGAGACUGUAUAAUUAGUAUUUUUUUGUGGUAAUAAUACUAGAUUAUAGAAUUGUGUGAAUGGCCACAUUUUUGUUUUAAUUUUUUACCAACCUAGAAUGGUUUCUUUUGGAGCAAAUGUUCUUGACGAGUUAUUGAUUUCAAUUUUUUUCUUGUUGUCAUAUUCUACGUCAUGGAGAUUGUGUGCCUAUGUGCUGUCACACAAACAAGAUGAUUUGAUAAAUUUACACACUACCUUUAGAGAUUUGAAAUCAUCAAAGUUACAAUGUAAUGGCUUGCUAAGGAAGAGACAGAUGAUGUGAUGACUGUAGAACCCUUGCAUUCUCGAUUGGAUGUCCAAGAUGAUGGCUGUGUUAUCAUGUCGUGUAGACUUUGCUGCCUGAUACUGAUGCAGCACAUAAUGAGGUGGGUGGGAGAAUGAAAGUAGAGCUUGAGCAAGAAGGAAGCAUUUAUAUUGGAAGUAAACAAGCCAUUAUUGAGGUUGGCUUCAAGGACAAAGAAGUGGAAUGUAAUAUUCCAAUUGAGAAGAAAAACAUUUCUGAUGCUGCCAUUGUUUCUUACAGUCAGCUGUGGCAAACUUUACAGCUUUUAGUUGGAUUUUCCUCCACCAUUGUUUUGUGCAUUAUUUUAUCAUUUUCAUCCAGUACCUGAAAAUAACAAUAUUUAAGUAGGAUUAUAUAAUAAUUAGUUUCAGUGA